GAAGCCAAAGAAAUCACCUUCUCAUUCUCAUUCUCAUUUCCCAUUUCUCACUUCUCAUUUCUCAAAUUCCACUCCAUACCCUUCACUUCCACUCCUCAAAAAAUGAGAAAAACCAUAACCAUUGUUUCAUCAUUUGCAAUUCACAUUAUCCUCCUUGCUUCCAUACCUUUCACAUCAUCCCAAUCCAACGAUUUAAUAGAUCAAAUAUGCAAAAAAACACCCUUCUACGACCUAUGUAGCUCCAUUCUAAACUCAAACCCACUUGCUCCAAAAACCGAUCUCAAAGGUGUAGCCCUAGUAAUGGUAAACAACAUUCUCACAAAUGCAAGUGACACAUUGAACUACAUUGAAAGCUUGAUCAAGAAAACUACAGAUCGUGAAAUGGAAAAAGCAUUGGCAUUUUGUGCUGAAUCAUAUAUACCAGUUGUGAAGUACACUCUUCCACAAGCUGCUGAUGCUAUAAAUCAAAACCGGUUUGGGUUUGCUAGUUAUUGUAUUUCUGAUGCUGUUAAAGAAGUUAAUUCUUGUAAUAAGAAAUUUUCUGGGGUUGGUAUGUCACCUUUAGGGGAUAGAAAUGGUAUUGUUCAGAAGCUUGUUGAUGUUGCUUCUGCUAUUAUUAAACAACUAUUGAAGGGUUGAUUUGUUAUUUAUUAAACCUUACUUCUUUUUCUUUAGUGUAGUAGUGGAUGUAAUAAUAGUAGUUAAAUAGGAUACUUGACACUUGUACUCUCUUUAUUUAAUAAUUUUUGAGGCUGAUGUACUCUUAAUUCUUAUUA